UUGCACCACAAGGUACGUAGGCCCUAGGUAUAACCUUAACGUAACAGAGUCAAGUGAUUUCCAUCAUCCGAUCUCUAGUUUACCAAAUGCUGGCUAGUACGCUGCAUGGCAUUGUGCCAAGAUGUCGGUCAUACUUAUGGUCGUGUUGUUUGGAAUUUACUUUCGUGUUACAAUAGCAAGCGAACUAUCAUGACGUUGACCCGCAGGCGGGGAUAGAACGAGGCAGACGAACGCUGCAGCGAGCGCAGCAGCAUUUCGCAUCAGCGCCGUCGGCUCUGCCGAGCCAACCUUGCCUUGGCGGGACUUCUGUUACGGAAGCCGUGAUUAACGCCUUGGAAGACUGCACGUAAGGCAGGACGCCAGCACAGCGCAGUAAUGAUGACUUCUGCGGGGUUGGUUUGAUUCCUUACAUGUAACUUAGGAAAAACAUUCAAGUGGCAUUGCACCUUGUGGUCUGUCAUAUAACAAGUUCCAUUUCUAAUAUUCAGAUAUAAUGCAUAAUUCGAAGCUAUUUGGAAUUAUUGCACUCAUUGCAACGAACAGCAAUGCUUGUUUACAUGAGCGUCGUGAACACCGGCACCAUGUUAUACGACAAGUUACGCCGCGGGCUCCCCUAGGACCAGAUGAAGAGAUGCUGGUUGGUUCGGUCUCAAACACAGCCCUGGAUCAGUGGUCUUACUACUAUACGCAUGGAGCUCAUCUCGCUGGGAGAAAUCUGAGCAUGGCACAGUGGACGGCUGACCGAUGGGCUGAGAGUGGUCUAAACUCCACUAUCGUCGCUUACGAUGUGCUCAUCAACUAUCCAGUGAGCAAAUCGUUGACGUUAAGCUAUUCAAAUAGUAGCACAUUUCAGCCAGUCUUGGAGGAGGCCGUGCUGGCCGCAGAUGAGACGACUAGCUAUCCUAACAGGAUACCCACAUUUCACGGCUACUCAGCCAGCGGUAAUGUGACAGCAGAAUAUGUAUAUAUUGGUCGAGGUCAGCAGAUGGAUUUUGAGCGAUUGAAAGCACUUGGUGUGCCGCUUGAAGGCAAAAUCGCCAUUUCGAGGUAUGGUGGCCCGUUCCGUGGGCUAAAAGUCAAAAACGCACAAGAAAACGGCAUGAUCGGCGUUGUUCUCUUCACCGACACUGCGGACGACGGUUCGAUUACAGAAGCAAAUGGCUACGCAGCUUACCCGGAUGGCCCAGCACGGAAUCCAACCUCGGUUCAACGUGGAAGUGUUGAGUUUCUAUCGAUCUAUCCUGGAGACCCCACAACGCCGGGUUAUCCUUCCAAAGAAGGUGUUCCUCGGACGGAUGGUACUGCUGUAUUACCUCAUAUUCCAUCAAUUCCUAUUUCGUGGGUCGAUGCCAAACCAAUUCUAGCAGCCCUCGACGGCUUUGGCACAGAUGGCGCUGAAGUCAACCGCAUCGGUUGGGUUGGUGCGCUCAAUGUCUCUUAUUCCACUGGUCCUGCUCCCGGUGUGCAGCUGAGACUCAGCAAUUUGAUGAAUGAGACCAUCACCCCGAUUUGGGACGUUAUCGGUGUCAUCAACGGAACGAACUCGGACGAAACCAUUGUGAUCGGAAACCACCGUGACGCGUGGGUCGUGGGCGGUGCUGCCGACCCCAACUCUGGUACUGCCAUCAUUAUUGAGCUCGCGAAAGCGUUCGGGGAACUCCUCAAACAAGGCUGGAAGCCCAAGCGCAACAUUGUUCUUGGAUCUUGGGACGGUGAAGAGUAUGGCACUGUCGGAUCCACCGAGUUCGUUGAGGAGUACAUUCCCUGGCUGAAUGAUACAGCAAUAUCCUACUUGAACGUAGACAUCGGGGUUUCCGGUCCACACGUGUAUUUUGGAGCGAGUCCGGAGCUCCACCAAAUCGUCCAGGAAACAAUGAAAAAGAUUGUCUGGAUGGACCGUAACAUAACCAUGUACGAUCAGUGGGAUGAAGAUCUCGAGGGCCAAAUAGGUGUGUUGGGAAGUGGCAGUGAUUAUACUGCUUUCGUUCAUAACGGUAUCGGUGCGCUCGAUAUCGGAGCAGUGGGUUUUGACCAAGACCCAAUCUAUCACUACCACAGCAAUUAUGAUUCUUAUCACUGGAUGGCGAACUUUGGUGACCCAGGUUUCCUGGCUCACAAGUCUGUGGCCCAAUUCCUGUCUGUCUUAGCCUAUACACUGGCUGAUUCAGAUGUGAUCCCCUUCAAUUUGACAGACUAUUCCGUUGAGCUGCACAGAUACUAUGACGAUCUUCAAGAAAUAAUCAGCAGCAGCACAACGAUUCUCAACACAGGCCCUCUUCGUUCCGCCAUUGAUAACUUCGCUCAAAACGCCUUGCAACUCGAGCAACAGAUCAAAGAAGCAUUGAGAUCUAAUAAUCUAGACCAUAUCAAGGCCAUCAACCACAAAUAUCGUGAUUUCCAGCGCGGCUUUGUGUCUCAAGGUGGCCUUCCGGGGAGAGAGUUUUUUAAGCAUCUCAUAUUUGCUCCAGGGGCUGACACCGGCUAUACUGCUGUCACGUUCCCAGGUAUUAGCGAGGCUGUGCAGGCUGGUGAUGUCUCCACGGCGGCUGAUUUUGUGAUCAGAACUGCUGCUGCAAUUACUGCAGCAGCAGACACAAUCGGAUCUUGAAGCCUAAUGCGCAGCCAAAAUGCUUAUGUACCUAAUAAAGCCACUGUGACAAUAGAGUAUAAAUAAAUCACUAUAUAACGGUUCCGCGGGGUAUCUAAAAUCUGUCUAUAUA